AUGUUUACGCGGAGCGGAAGGUCCUUAUCGAUGCGUUCAUUACACAUUGACUUUAUGAGACAAACGGUGGCAUCAAUGCUGUUCUGCAAGUCGUACUUGUAUUGUGGAACAAAAAAGUGGAUCGUUGUGGGGUUUUGGCUACAAAUUGAUUGGCUGUAUUGUAAUAUUGAAUAUAUUGAUUAUAUUGAAUAUAUUGGUUAUAUUGGUUAUACAUUAGUUGUAUUAGCUAACUAUAAUUAUAACAGAACAGAUCAGAACCAGGCAAUGAUUACUAUGGGUAUCAAUACUGGAAUCAAAGGAGGAAUACUGGACCCUUUUUUGGAUCAAAAGGGAAGUAUGAUUAUGAUUAUGAUUAUGAGCAUGAGUAUGAGUGUAAGUGUGGGUGUUGGUGUGGUAAUUAUUACCGGUCACUGA